AUGUCUGUGAUGUUGCAGGCCCCGUCCCGAGCCUCCUCCGCGUCAUCAUCUUCCUUCCAGCCCAUUUCGCGCCAGAACACCAUGUCGUCCUACGAUGGCUCGCGGUCCGCCCGCCAGUCCAAGCGGUACUCCAUGUCCGCCCUGUACAUGUCCAUGUCGGCCAACGACAAGGAGCUCGAAAUAGAAGAUGAUCUUGCCAAAGCUCAAAAGAUCCUACGCGAGCUCAAAUCCAAAAUCUCUUCCCAAUCUAAGAAAAAUUUCGUUUUGGAGAAGGACGUCCGCUACCUUGACUCGCGAAUCGCUCUCCUGAUUCAGAACCGAAUGGCUCUAGAAGAACAGAACGAAGUCGCUAGCCAUUUGGAAGAUGCCGCCGACAUGCAGGAAGGGGCAUUCCCAAACGAUGAUAAGACCCAAAAAUACGGCAAUCUCUUGUUCCUGCUCCAGUCCGAACCGAGACACAUCGCCCACCUGUGUAGGCUCGUGUCUAUGUCCGAGAUUGAUUCGCUGCUACAGACAGUCAUGUUCACCAUUUACGGAAACCAGUACGAAAGCCGAGAGGAGCACUUGCUUCUUACGAUGUUCCAGUCCGUCCUCACCUACCAGUUUGACAACACUCCCGAGUACUCCUCUCUGCUGCGCGCGAACACGCCUGUUUCCCGCAUGAUGACGACGUACACGCGGCGAGGACCUGGGCAGAGCUUUCUAAAGUCGGUCCUUGCCGAUAGAAUCAACAGUCUCAUUGAGCUCAAGGACCUCGAUUUGGAGAUCAACCCUCUAAAAGUGUAUGAGCGCAUGAUCGAGCAGAUUGAAGAAGACACAGGCACCCUACCUCCCUCCAUGCCCAAAGGAAUCACCGCCGAACAGGCGGCCGAAAACCCACAGGUGCAGGCCAUUAUCGAGCCACGUUUGACGAUGCUCACCGAGAUUGCCAACGGCUUCCUAUCCACUAUCAUCGACGGACUUGAGGAGGCGCCUUACGGCAUUCGGUGGAUCUGCAAACAGAUCCGAAGCCUGACCAAGCGCAAGUACCCUGACGCCAACGACCAAGUCAUCUGCACUCUCAUCGGCGGGUUCUUCUUCUUGCGCUUCAUUAAUCCGGCCAUCGUCACCCCCAAGUCGUACAUGCUCAUCGACGGUCAGCCGGCGGAGCGGCCUAGGAGAACCUUGACCUACAUUGCGAAAAUGCUCCAGAACCUAGCCAAUAAGCCUUCCUAUGCCAAGGAGCCGUACAUGGCGAAACUCCAGCCGUUUAUCCACCAGAAUAAGGACAGGGUUAACAAGUUCAUGCUCGACCUGUGCGAAGUGCAGGAUUUCUACGAGAGCCUGGAGAUGGACAACUACGUGGCCCUAUCGAAGAAGGAUCUUGAGCUUUCCAUUACACUCAAUGAAAUCUACGCAAUGCAUGCGUUGAUCGAGAAGCAUCAAUCAGAGCUUUGCAAGGAUGAAGGGUCGCACUUGGCUAUCAUCAUGAACGAGCUGUCCACCGCGCCGCCUCAAGUUCCACGAAAGGAGAACCGGGUAAUUAAUCUUCCCCUGUUCAGCCGCUGGGAAACGGCAAUUGAUGAUCUCACCGCCGCGCUUGACAUCACGCAAGAAGAGGUAUACUUUAUGGAAGCCAAGUCCAUCUUCGUGCAGAUGAUGCGGUCGAUCCCCGCCAAUAGUCAUGUUGCUCGUCGGCCCUUGCGCCUCGAGAGAGUCGCGGAUGCUGCGGCCACCAGCCGCAACGAUGCCGUCAUGGUACGCAAGGGCAUCCGCGCCAUGGAGCUGCUUUCCCAGCUGCAGGAACUCAGGGUGAUAGACAAAAGCGAUCAUUUCAGCCUGCUUCGUGACGAAGUCGAACAAGAACUCCAGCAUCUGGGCUCGCUCAAAGAUGCGGUCAUCCGGGAAACAGAGAAACUCGAGGAGGUUUAUAAGACCAUCCGUGACCAUAACACGUACCUCAAUGGACAGCUGGAGACGUACAAGAGCUACCUGCACAAUGUCCGGUCUCAAAGCGAAGGGACGAAGAGAAAACAGCAGAAACAUCAAGUUUUGGGCCCGUACAAGUUCACGCACCAACAGCUGGAGAAAGAGGGUGUCAUCCAAAAGAGCAAUGUCCCCGACAACAGAAGGGCAAACAUCUAUUUCAACUUUACAAGCCCCUUGCCGGGGACUUUCGUCAUUUCACUACAUUACAAGGGACGGAACAAAGGUCUUCUUGAGCUUGACCUCAAGCUGGAUGACCUUCUUGAGAUGCAGAAAGACAACCAGGACGAGUUAGAUCUCGAGUACGUCCAGUUCAACGUGCCCAAAGUUCUGGCGCUCUUGAACAAGCGGUUCGCCAGAAAAAAGGGGCGGUAA